CUUAUCAGACGAGAGAUUUGAUAAACUUGUUUUUCAAUAUAUUAUCCCGGUUAUGUUGAACUUCUAUCUUUUUUAUUGCGUUUUUAUGGAUAUUCAGAAGCAGGGGAGUGCUCAAUUAAGAUAAAAACAUACGUAAAGUUAAAAAACACAAGUAGUCUGCGAUGAAAGUCAGAAUUCAGAGUUCUCUUACGGAACCGGUGAACGGCAUUCUGGAUAUUGAAUGCAAUCCUUCCUCCACGCCAGGAUCAGUGAUCCAAUCUUUCUUCAAGAAGAAGGGCAUGCAGUUACUCCCCCCAAAUGUCAGUUUAUAUAAUUUGUAUUAUCAACCGCUAAAACCUGGUGUCACUCUAGAAAGUUUAGGAAUUAAAGACGGAUCCACUUUGCUCUUAGGCUGUAGGAGUGAUGCCGACAAUGUAAGCAGCAUGUUGAAGUGGAGGGUCCUAGCUUUUAUCAUCUGCAUUCUUGCAGUCUGUGGAAUAGUUACGGUGUGCCUUCUGCACAGUUUAAGUGGUGGAGAAAUACCUUAUGAUUAUGGAAUUGUUAUGGAUGCCGGUUCAACCCAUACGCAAGUCACCUUGUAUCGAUGGAAAGGAGACAAAGAUGAAGGAACCGGAGAAGUGUUGCAGAUCGAUACUUGUAAAAUAGAUGGCGGAAUUCACACAUUUGUAAAUUUUACGGAAGCUGGGAAAAGUCUCUUGCCCUGUCUGAAGAAUCUGUCUGUCUCAGUACCCGAUAACAGAAUAUCGACGACUCCUGUUUACUUGGGAGCAACGGCAGGGAUGAGAUUACUAAACUUGACCAAUCCACUUCUGACAAAAGCCAUACUUGUGUCAAUUCACGACACUCUGAAGACUGAUGGCUAUGAUGUGAAAGACGUUGACAUCAUCAGUGGACAGUCAGAAGGAUUGUUUGCCUGGACCACUGCAAAUUUCCUGUCUGAUAAAUUAGAACACAAACAGAAAGAGAAUUCAACAGUGGGAACCCUGGAUCUCGGAGGAGCGUCCACUCAAAUAGCGUACGAAGUCAAAGACCGAAAAGAAAUUGAAAAUGACACAGUCACGACUCUAACACUGUACGGCAAUAAACAUGACAUAUUUUCCGAAAGUUACCUGUGUUUCGGAGUGAACGAAGCUAUCAGAAGGUAUCAUGCAGCUCUUGUUUUGGAGGAUGUCAACAAAACCAUCAUAGAUGAUCCGUGUGGACUUACAGGAGACACUGUAAAUUACACUGCAGAUUUUCUCUUCAAUCAUCCAUGCUCAGUACACGAGAAUGGCAAAAACUGGUUUGAUUCGGAUUUAAACUUUAUGAAUACAUAUAUUUUCAAUGGACUCGGAGACACCGCACAAUGUGCAAAUGCAGUUGCAAAAGUGAUGAAUUUCUCGGUUUGUCAAGAAUCUUAUAGAUACUGCUUCAGACCUUUACACCAGUCGCUCACGGAUGCAAAAUACAUGGCAAUAUCGACAUACUAUUAUCUAGCAAAAUUUCUGAAGAUAAAUAUGUCGGACUCCAACAUGGAACAGUAUGAAACUGCAAUGAAUACUUUCUGCAAUACUUCGUAUGAGGAUGCACUGAAGAUAGAUCCCGAAGAAGACGAAUAUGUAAGCAAUUUCUGUUUCGAAGCUCAUUACAUUUUUUACGUUCUGACGGAAGAGUACGGGUUCAAUGCCACGUCGUGGAGAAAUAUAGCAUUUAUAAAUAAGAUACACAAAUUCAACGUAGGUUGGUCUCUGGGUUACAUGAUCAACGCCACCACGCUGAUACCCUCUGAGAAACCACAACCGCCACUGAUUUCCACUGGUGCGUUCGUCGCUGCCAGCAUAGUCUGUCUGACCUUAUUGGUGCUGUCUGUUAUUUUCAUAGGAAAACUCUGUUUUCGCAGAUCCCAGACGGGCUACACGCGCAUCUCAGAGGCAUGACUAUUUCCUAUUAUAUAAUUUAUUCUUAAUUGUUACCGUCAAUAAUAAGUUUAUUAAAAAAAUAAUAAUU